AUGGAGAAGGUAGAACUUGAAUAUUCUGCAGCUCUUCCUGGACUUCCUACUUCAUAUGCUGCUUUGCUAAGAAUUAAAAAGAGUUCAUCUUCAUCCCUGUUUGGUUCAAAGACCAGACCACGAUACAGCAGUCCUUCAUUAGGAACACUGAGCGUUUCUUCCCCAAGCUGGCGAGGGACAGCUCAACAUUAUUAUUCCCCCAUCAAUCUUUACCAUUCAUCAGAUGCCUUCAGACAAGAUGAAAGUGUGGACUAUGGGCCAGUGUUUGUACAAGAACCAGAUGAUAUAAUUUUCCCAACCGAUUCUGAUGAAAAGAAAGUAGCACUGAAUUGUGAAGUUCGUAGCAACCCAGUUCCCAAUUACAGAUGGCUUCGAAAUGGAACAGAGAUUGAUUUGGAAAGUGAUUAUCGCUACAGUUUGAUAGACGGGACCUUCAUUAUAAGCAAUCCAAGUGAAGCAAAAGAUUCUGGUCAUUACCAGUGUCUAGCAGCCAACACUUAUGGAAGUAUUCUUAGUAGAGAAGCCAUACUUCAGUUUGCCUAUCUGGGAAAUUUUAGUGGCCGGACGAGAAGUGCAGUCUCUGUGAGGGAAGGCCAGGGGGUUGUUCUGAUGUGCUCGCCUCCGCCUCAUUCACCAGAGAUCAUCUAUAGUUGGGUAUUUAAUGAGUUCCCUUCCUUUGUGGCGGAAGACAGCCGGCGAUUCAUUUCCCAGGAGACAGGCAACCUUUAUAUUUCUAAAGUCCAAACAUCAGAUGUUGGCAGCUAUAUUUGUCUGGUGAAAAACACAGUGACGAAUGCCCGAGUACUUAGUCCUCCAACACCACUCACUCUGCGUAAUGACGGUGUGAUGGGAGAAUACGAGCCGAAAAUUGAGGUCCAUUUUCCUUUCACAGUUACAGCUGCUAAGGGAACAACCAUUAAGAUGGAGUGCUUUGCACUUGGCAACCCAGUUCCAACAAUCACAUGGAUGAAGGUUAAUGGUUACAUUCCUAGUAAGGCACGUCUGCGGAAAUCUCAGGCAGUGCUGGAAAUACCCAACGUGCAGCUGGAUGAUGCGGGCAUAUAUGAGUGUAGAGCUGAAAACUCACGUGGAAAAAAUUCCUUCCGUGGACAAUUACAAGUUUACACUUACCCACACUGGGUAGAAAAACUGAAUGAUACUCAGUUAGACAGUGGAAGCCCUCUCCGAUGGGAAUGUAAGGCUACUGGAAAACCCAGACCUACAUACCGUUGGCUGAAGAAUGGAGUACCCCUCUUAACUCAGAGUAAGGUAGAGAUGGUUAAUGGAGUAUUGAUGAUCCAGAAUGUGAAUCAGUCAGAUGCUGGAAUGUAUCAAUGUUUGGCUGAAAAUAAAUAUGGAACCAUUUAUGCAAGUGCUGAGCUGAAAAUUCUCGCUUCAGCUCCCACGUUUCCACUUAAUCAACUGAAGAAAACAAUAAUUGUUACCAAAGGCCGAGAAGUCGUCAUGGAAUGCAAACCCCAAGGCUCUCCAAAACCAACCAUCUCUUGGAGGAAGGGAGAUAAAGCAAUUAGAGAGAAUAAAAGAAUAGCUAUUCUUCCAGACGGAAAUCUGCGGAUCCUAAAUGCUUCUAAAUCAGAUGAGGGAAAGUACGUUUGCCAAGGGGAAAAUGUGUUUGGUUCUGCUGAAAUCAUAGCUUCAGUAUCUGUAAAAGAACCUACAAGAAUAGAACUUACUCCUAAAAAAACAGAGUUAACAGUAGGAGAAAGCAUUGUUCUUAAUUGCAAAGCAAUUCACGAUGCUAGUUUGGAUGUAACUUUCUACUGGACACUAAAAGGACAGCCCAUCGACUUCGAGAAAGAAGGUGGACAUUUUGAAAGCAUCAGGGCCCAAGCAUCCUCUGCAGAUUUAAUGAUCAGGAACAUCCUUCUGAUGCAUGCUGGGAGAUAUGGCUGCAGGGUACAGACCACAGCAGACAGUGUGUCAGAUGAGGCAGAACUUCUUGUUAGGGGUCCACCAGGCCCCCCAGGGAUAGUGAUAGUUGAGGAAAUCACUGAAAGCACAGCCACACUCUCCUGGAGCCCAGCAGCUGACAACCACAGCCCCAUCUCCUCCUACAACCUACAGGCUCGCAGUCCCUUCUCCCUGGGCUGGCAAACAGUGAAAACAGUUCCAGAAAUCAUAACAGGGGAUAUGGAGUCAGCCAUGGCUGUGGACUUGAACCCCUGGGUGGAAUAUGAAUUUAGAGUGGUUGCCACCAAUCCAAUUGGGACUGGAGAUCCAAGCACCCCAUCACGAAUGAUCCGCACAAACGAAGCAGUUCCAAAGAUAGCACCCACCAAUGUAAGUGGAAGAAGCGGACGAAGACACGAGCUAGUCAUUGCCUGGGAGCCAGUAUCUGAAGAGUUUCAGAACGGGGAAGGCUUCGGCUAUAUUGUGGCUUUCAGACCCAAUGGAACGCGUGGCUGGAAAGAGAAAAUGGUGACAUCUUCAGACGCUUCAAAAUUCAUUUAUCGAGAUGAAAGUGUCCCUCCUCUUACACCCUUUGAAGUUAAAGUUGGCGUUUAUAAUAAUAAAGGUGAUGGACCUUUCAGUCAAAUUGUGGUCAUAUGUUCAGCUGAAGGAGAACCCAGUGCCGCUCCCACAGAUGUCAAGGCUACAAGUGUGUCCAUGUCAGAGAUUCUUGUUGCGUGGAAACAUACUAAGGAGAGUCUAGGAAGACCACAGGGAUUUGAGGUUAGUUAUCGGAAAGACAUGGAACAAGAAGAUGCAGCAGAAACAGUCAAAACUAGGGGAAAUGAGUCAUCUGUCAUCCUGACAGGAUUAGAAGGAAAUACAUUAUAUCACUUCACAGUGAGGGCUUAUAAUGGAGCUGGAUAUGGGCCACCUAGCAGUGAAGUGAGUGCAACCACCAAGAAAUCCCCCCCUAGUCAAGCACCUAACAACCUCAGGUGGGAGCAGCAAGGCUCUCAGCUCUCUCUAGGCUGGGAACCUGUCAGACCAUUAGCCAACGAAUCUGAAGUCAUGGGCUACAAGGUUUUUUAUAGGCAAGAGGGCCACAGCAACAAUCAAGUUAUUGAAACACAGAAACCUCAAGUAGUAGUUCCACUUCCUGAUGCUGGAGUCUAUAUUAUUGAAGUUAGAGCAUACAGUGAAGGAGGGGAUGGAACGGCUAGUUCCCAAAUCAGGGUACCAUCAUAUUCAGGUGGAAAAAUCACUAGUGCUCAGUCAACCCUCCACACGCUCUCCACAUCUUCAUCAUCAGUAACGUUGCUCUUGGCUUUGAUGAUUCCUUCAACCUCUUGGUGA